GUCUGAAUUCGAACCGCCCCAGCUCUAUCGACCGGUCCGCGAUCCAGGAAACUCCUCAGUUCCGUUUCGGUUCUCAAUCCUGCAAGGACCUCAAAUGUUUGGACUCCUUUUAUUAGGGCGACACGAAUUACUGACCUUUCCGAUGGAGUUCCACCAGCUCGAGGCACGCGUCUACCUCAGCUCGUAGAUUUUAUAUAAACAAUAUUUUUUUUAUUCGCGGUGGUACUAUGAAAAUUUUACUUGUAUAUAAACAUUUUAAGAUAAAGUGAUUUAAAAAAAAAAUGGUAUUGCAAAAAUUGGUAUCUACGAGAUAUUGGUAUUCGAGAAGAUCGAGCAAGCGGGUGGUUUCGUUAAGUUGCCUGGUAUCUAUAGAUGCCGAUGGCGGCUAUUAUCCGGCCAUGCCGCCCGCAGCCAUGAGGCUACAGGAGGAGAAUUUAUCGUCGCCGUCCGGGGGGCCCGCCAACCAAAUAAUCGCCAUCGAAACCAACAACAAUCGCGCCACCGGCUCCGAACUGGAGCUCUUAGCAAAACUGGAAGAGGCCAACAGACUCUUCGAGUCGGACGCCAAAUCGCUCAAUUCGUUGAGCGGGGCUUCGGCGACGUCCGGACAUUCUCGAAAGAGUUCCGAUACGUCUCAGAUAUCUUUAACGUCAGGGACGAGUUCGACUCAGGAACGGGCAGAAGACGGAGGCGAAGAGGACUUGUGGGUCACUUGGGGUCAUAUAGUUAACGAUUGGGAGAAUAAUUGGAGGAAACAGAACGCGCAAAUAAGGGAGUUGGUCCGUAGGGGUAUACCCCUACAUUUUAGGCCGAUAACAUGGCAGUUGUUGUGCAGAGCCACCGAUUCGCCCGAAAAAAAAUUGUACGCCGAAUAUAUAAAGACAAAAUCCCCCUGCGAAAAAGUCAUAAGACGGGAUAUAGCCAGAACGUAUCCGGAACACGAAUUUUUCAAAGAAAAAGACGGACUAGGCCAAGAAUCUCUCUUCAACGUUAUAAAAGCUUAUUCUCUACACGAUCGAGAAGUAGGAUAUUGUCAAGGUUCAGGUUUCAUAGUGGGAUUGCUUCUGAUGCAGAUGCCGGAAGAGGAAGCGUUCGCCGUUUUGGUGCGGAUAAUGGAGGAUUACCGGAUGCGAGACAUGUUCAAACCCAGCAUGGCCGAAUUGGGGUUGUGCAUGUACCAAUUGGAGAACCUCGUCGCCGAAUACCUGCCGGAUUUGAAUCAACAUUUCCAAUCGCAAAAUUUCCACACUUCCAUGUACGCUUCCAGUUGGUUCCUCACCCUUUUCACAACGGCUCUAUCGUUGCCUUUGGCGUGCAGGAUCAUGGACGUUUUUCUUUCCGAAGGAAUGGAGAUCAUAUUCAAAGUCGCUCUGGCCAUGUUGACGUUGGGAAAGGAGCAACUCAUGUCUCUAGAUAUGGAAGGAAUGUUGAAGUAUUUCCAAAAAGAACUUCCCGUUCAAGCUGAGACAGAACCAGAGGCUUUGAUGCAAACCGCUUACGAAAUGAAAUAUAACGCGAAGAAAAUGAAGAAAUUGGAGAAGGAAUAUAUAGUUAUUAAGACUAAAGAACAAGAAGAAAUGGCCGAAUUGAAAAGAUUGCGACAAGAAAACAAACAGUUGAGACACCGUUGCGAAAUGUUGGAAGAAGAAAGUAAAGCGUUAGCCGAUAGAUUGGUGAAAGGACAAGUGAGCCGAGCCGAAGAAGAAGAAACCACUUUCGUCGUCCAAAGGGAGCUCGAAGCGUUGAGACACACCCAUCUGGAAACUACCCACCAGCUCGCAUUAGCCAACGAAAGAAUUCGAGCUUUGUCGUUGAUGAUGGAAGAAACUCACACUUCGCGCCAGUCUUCCAUGGAAGAGAUAACGCUGAAGCAAGAACAGCUCUUGCAAAGGGAAGAGAUGAUAGAAUGUCUCCAGGAAGAGUUGGUGAAGGUCAGGUUGAGGAAAGCGGAAGACGACGCCAUUAUACGGGAUCUCCGCUCGAGAAUACACGAAUUAGAAGAAGAUAAGAAAACGCUGAGGGAAACGACGCCGGAUAAUAGCGUGGCGCAUCUGCAAGAAGAAUUGAUCGCCGUGAAAUUGAGGGAGGCCGAAGCCAAUCUUUCUCUGAAAGAUUUGAGACAUCGAGUUUCGGAAUUGAGCGAUCAAUGGCAGAAACAUCUGCAGGACCAUAAACAAGAUCCGCCGCCGCCGCCUGAUCCGCUUAGUACCCCGAAAAAACUUCUAUUCGGUAAAUUGGGGCACAACGAAACGCAAAAGCUCGAAGAAGAAUUGAUGACUACUAGAAUCAGAGAGAUGGAAACGUUGACAGAAGUAAAAGAACUUCGUCUAAAGGUUAUGGAAUUAGAAACGCAGGUCCAAGUUAGCACCAAUCAAUUACGAAGACAAGACGAGGAAAUUAAAAAGCAAAUGGAACUGCUGGAAUGCGCGGAAAUGAAAAAGAAAGAGGCGGCAGCUCGAUUAUUGGAAGAGCAACGCCGAUACUCCGACCUCGAAAGUAAAAUGAAAGACGAAUUGAUGAGAGCUAAAAUAAGCGACGCGGAAAAAACUCAAACGGUCGCUACGUUGAUGCAACAAAUCGGACAAUUGGAACUUAAAAGUCAAGAAAUAGCCACUGAAGGUGAACUGAGGAUCCAUUCUGUUGACGCAAGCGAUAAAGUUAGAGAGCUGCAAGAUAAAGUGGCAGAUCUACAAGCCGAGGUCUUAAGAUUGGAAAGGAGUAAAGGAGGUUACGUCGGUGGUCGCUUGUCGGGAGACAGAUCUUCAUCAAUAGACAGCACCGAUGACGAUUCCAGACUAGUCCUGGACGAUUCAACGUUGCGUUUAAAUAUCGUAGAUUCCCCCACAUCAAGUAACGAAUUGAAUUUCAGCGAAUUGUCCAAAUCAACGAUGAGGAACAACUUGGAAUCGAGCGCGAAACCUCGCGCAAACUUAGAUGUAUAUAAUAGCGAAAAUGACGUGCCACAAGUCUGACUAAAUUUUUUUCUUCUAUAAUGAUACUAAACCUCCCCUUUUUCCCCCAAAAAAAUGACAUAGUAGAGAUUGUUAUGAUUGUUAUAAACAGGCGAAAAAAUAUUCGAAAUUGUAGUCUAAACGAACCAUCGAAUCAUUUUUGAUAAUUAUUUAAAAAAUUUUUCGGAUACCGAUGUGAUCUAGUAACAAUUUACCCAAAAUGAACGGGGUAGGUAUUGACCCUGCGAUAGUAUACUGAAAAAAAAAUAACAAAACUGGUAUACGGGAGUAUUUAAAAAAAAACUCCGAAUAUAUAUAAAAUAUAAAAGUAGAAACCCAUUUGAAUAUAAUGUUGAGAUAAUUCUUCUCUUUUUUUGGGAUUUUUUCUGUAUUAUUUUGAAAACUUUAAACUCACCCUACCUUGUAACACAUAAAAUGAAAUUAAAACUGUUCUUAAAACCGGUAAGUUUGGAAAUUACUACUCGGAGUACUACUUUCUGGUCCUUCGAGCCGGAUGAGAACCAUUUUUACUUAAAUUUUCCAUAUUUUCUGUUUAAUCGUUUCUGUAGUUGAAUUUCCUUCUCUGUAGUUACAUUUCAUACAAUAAAAUGAGAAAUUCUCAACCAAAAAGUAAAAUAAUCUCAGAUAUUUAAACCUGUAAAUGAAAAUUAACGCCAUUUUGGUCGUUUUCGGAAUUAUUUUGAAAAUUUUAAACCCACUCUACCUUCUAACGCAUAAAUUGAAAUCAAAUCUGAUCAUAAAACUAGUAAGUUUGGAAAUUACUACUCGGAGUAGUACUUUCUGGUCCUUCGAGCCGGAUAAGAACCAUUUUUGCUCAAAUUUUCCAUAUUUUCUGUUUAAUCGUUUCUCUAGUUGAAUUUCCUUCUCCAUAGAUACAUUUCAUACAAUAAAAUGAGAAAUUUUCAACCAAAAAGUAAAAUAAUCUCAGAGAUUUAAACCUGUAAAUGAAAAUUAACGCCAUUUUGGUCGUUUUCGGAAUUAUUUUGAAAAUUUUAAACCCACUCUACCUUCUAACGCAUAAAUUGAAAUCAAAUCUGAUCAUAAAACUAGUAAGUUUGGAAAUUACUACUCGGAGUAGUACUUUCUGGUCCUUCGAGCCGGAUAAGAACCAUUUUUGCUCAAAUUUUCCAUAUUUUCUGUUUAAUCGUUUCUCUAGUUGAAUUUCCUUCUCCAUAGAUACAUUUCAUACAAUAAAAUGAGAAAUUUUCAACCAAAAAGUAAAAUAAUCUCAGAGAUUUAAACCUGUAAAUGAAAAUUAACGCCAUUUUGGUCGUUUUCGGAAUUAUUUUGAAAAUUUUAAACCCACUCUACCUUCUAACGCAUAAAUUGAAAUCAAAUCUGAUCAUAAAACUAGUAAGUUUGGAAAUUACUACUCGGAGUAGUACUUUCUGGUCCUUCGAGCCGGAUAAGAACCAUUUUUGCUCAAAUUUUCCAUAUUUUCUGUUUAAUCGUUUCUCUAGUUGAAUUUCCUUCUCCAUAGAUACAUUUCAUACAAUAAAAUGAGAAAUUCUCAACCAAAAAGUAAAAUAAUUUUUGAGAGAAAGAAAAUCAUUGGAAACCACACCAAAAACCACUUGAAAUGUUAAAGUUUAGAGAUCACAAUAUCUCAAAUUACUUCAAUUGUAUUUACAAAAGAAACAGAGAUUAAAAUAAUUGUUUGUUGCAAUUGUCAUUGGCACUUUAGCUUCUUCUUCUUUCUCUUCUACUAUGCUACCAUUCAGCCUUUUGAGAAGUAGAUGUCCAACUUUCGUGUCAUCUCUUGGAAAAUCGGCCAAAAGGUCUCCUUGAAAAAUUGGUUCAUCCUUUAGCCCAUCUAUCUUCCAUAAUCGGCGUGAUUUCUCCACUAACUCUUCAAUAGUUUUCAUCUCUACUACCUUCACCAUCUUCAUACACUUAAACUGAACACUAAACACUAAACACUUUCAAACGCAUCCAGCAAUUUAUUAUCGGAUACAUUUUUUAAUAAUGUGCUCUUUAAACCGGAUAAUAACGGAUCUCCUAGUUUGUCCAAUAUUUCUAUUUCUACUAGAUUUGUUUUUAUCGCAUUUUAAAAACUCCCGUCGACGUCGGUUAUCCUACAGUAUAGAUUUUACACUAUAAAAAAAAUUAUACAACGUUGCCAGAUUUGGAAAAUAUCAUGAAUAUAAUAACCGGAUGAUUUUUCAUUUUUGGAUGUGCCCCCACGUUAGUAAAAAUUAUUAUUGGGUGUUAGUAUGUACACUUAGAGAUUUGACAAUGUUAUAUAUCUGUUAGUUGUGCAUUUAGAAUUUUGAUAUUAAAAAAUAGGGUCGAAUUUUUGAAAAUUUUCAACGGCUCUAUCAUAUUCAAAAGGGUGAUUAGAUAGUAAUUAAUGAAUAGUGUGAUUUUAUGUAAAUUAUGGUUUAACAAAAUACUUUGUAUACAAGGUGUUUCAAUAGAAAUUAUUUUAACCGAUUAAUUAAAAUAUUUACUUGAAUUUAUUAAAAAAAAAUUGUUAUUACUAGUAAAGUUUAAUUAGAACCUCAAUAAGUCUACAGAAAUAUCUUGUAUAUAUUAAAAAUAUUAUUUUGCUAUUUAUUUAUUCAACUGUCCAUAGGCAGUUGAAGCACUUGUUCCUGGAAUUUAUUUUUAUUAUAAUUUUUUAUAUUAAUUUUUUUAAUGAAAAACCAGUAGCUUCAUAAUGAUUUUAAAAAAGCUCUUCUUCUUCUAAUUCUAGAGACUAGUGACUACAUUUUUCAUAUUAAGCUGGUAGGUUAAUUAACAAAGACCAAAUGUAUUCUUGUUUCGGGUUUCGAUUACUAGUCCAUACCAGAUUUGUGGAAGAGAUGUAUGAAGUUGACAAUUUUAACGCACAAAAAUUGUUUAAACAUUCAAUUGACACGUUUGUAGAUUUCCUGGAUUACACUCGGCCAUACGACUGAUAAUUUAAUUCAUAAGUUGAAAAAUUGUGGAAAAUGCUUCAUCGGUCCAAAAUAAAAUCAACUCAUCCUUUCAUCGGGUUCAAAUUCCUCAAGAGUAUUACAACGGUCCCUGUUGGUUAAAGACAGCAGCUAACCAGAGUGUAGGCCUAUUCACUCUGGUUAGGUGGUCGUCCUCUGUCAAGGCCACCGUCUUAAGGUAGUAAUUGGCCUGUUGGAAAACCGACCACUAGUUUCAUGUCGUUUCUGGUCAUCACGAGAAGUUCUUCAGACUUCUUGGCUGAUAUGGUUAUGAUUUUUUUGGAUUGUUUUAGGUCUGGAGCGGUUCUUCUUCAGCCAUUCGUUCGGUUCGUUAUUGAUGUGGUUACAGGAGGGUUCCGGUCCAAGGUAUGGUGGUCUGGAAGCCGUUGAUCGCUCAUUACUGAACCCAAACUCUAAUCAAAGAUACUUUCUUUUCAACUGGAACCACUUUACGUUUUGUUGAAAGCAUAUUUCACGCACACUAAAGCACAAUGAACAACUGGCAGUAGAUGACUGAUAUGAACAGCCGGUAAAGACAAACAAAAUGUCGUUUACAAAGAUUUCUAAGUAAGUUGCUAAGUUUUAUAGUGACUAUUGAUGAGGAAUUUAAAUGAAAUGAGGUUGAGGAUGAGUAAAUUUUCAAUAAAAACCAUCUACAUUUACAACUUAAGGAUUAAAAUGUGAUAAUAAUUUGAAAGAAAUCUACUAAACGUUACUCCCCCUGUAUCUAAACCUAUCAGCACUAGUAUAGAAGAUGGGAAAUGAUAUUUUAGUUGUAUACAUUAUAAUAAUUGAAACAUCACUCAAAAAGUCACGUGAUUAACUAAGAAAAAAUCUAUUUUGAUCUCAUCGUAGAAGGAUUUGUCUUUUGCCACAAAAUAGGCUUCAGUUUCAUCAAUUGCUUCUUCAUUUGAUCUAAAUUUCUUUGCCGGCGAGCAUAUUUUUAAGAUCAGUAGUCACUGGGGGCUAGAUCUGGACUAUACGGUGGAUGACCAUCAUUAACCAUCGUUGUAAUCGACUUUUGAAUCGGUGCAUUGUCUUGGUCAAACAUAUGAGACCGUUUUUUUCCUUUGAUUUUUGCUUUCCAACGAUCCAACAUAUUGAUUGAUUGAUUAUCUUUCCCUUUUGGAGAUAGUUGAUGAACGAUAUUCCAUGGGAAUCCCAAAAUACUGAAGUCAUAACCUUCCCAGCUGACUGGACGCUUCACCGGCCACAGUCCACUCAGAUGAUGAUCGUUUUGGUUCCGGAGUGAAGGGAUGGAUCCAUUUUUCAUCCAUUGUCACAUAUCAAAGAAAAAAAUCUGAUUUAUUAGGUGUAAACAUGACCAAACGCUGCUUUGAAUCAUCAAUCAUGCAUAAUUGUAAACAAAUCGCCUUCUGAUAUCUUUACGGCCCCAUCUAUCUCACGCAAUUCCAAUUUACGAUUAGAUAUAAUCAAUUUGUGGACUUUUUGGAGUAAUCAUGUCAAUUAGACGACCAAAACGUUCACCAUCAUUUGAAAUAACAAAAGUAGCUUCACUUAAAUGGCUGUCACUUUUUUCUGACAGAUCGAAAUGUCAUGAAAUUUGACACAUGGUCGUUUGAAAGUUGGUACUUCAUAAACGUCAUAUGGAUUUGACAAUGGCAGCGCCAUCUGUGUGCAAGUCACACGAUUUAUUGAGUGAUGUAAUAAAAAUGGAUAAUGCAUUUGGAGAUGAUUUAUUUUUAUGGGAAAAACUAUCGAAAGAUACCUAAAACCAAGAAGAUUUAUCGACAAAAUCAUUGAAAGGUUUUAAAAAGUAAAAAAGUUCGAAUUUAGUACUAGAAUAGCAUUUCCCUGAUAAUAUCAAUGUCAAGUGCCAACUAUACACUUUCUUGAUAUCGAUUUUUUAUACAAAACUUUCUAAUUUGUGCAAUAAAUAUAACAGUGUAGCCGUUUUGUGAUUAGCAGAAUUCACAAUUUUUUAAACGAUAUUAGCUUUGAAUUUUUUUUUUUUGGAAAAAAGUGAUAUCUAGUUAUUUUCUCUAUUUUUAUACAUUCCUUUGAUUGAAUACAAUUUACAGGGUGAUGUACUAAGAUCGUUUUUUUUUCAACCUCCGAUCGCUACUACACUCGCCCCACACAUUCAUUCGGACGUCAGUCGGCGUUGUGCUACAGCCACGUAAACAUGUCCGCCAUUCGUUUUCUACCAGGCUGAAGGCGAUAAUACUGCAGAAAUCCAUCGGAGGUUGAAAAAAAAACGGCCUUCGUCCAAACAUAAAGUAUUCUUGAUGAAAAAUAGUUUUUAUUUGAAAAAAAUUGUCUCGAGAUUGACUUCUUUCUUACCUUGAUUACCUUAAAUUAAAUUUACAUCGGUUCCUUGUGAAAAUAAUGAAGCUGUAAGUAAGAAUUAGUCUCUUGAUAAUGUGUUUAUUGCAAUUCUAUUCUGUGAUUCACCCUGUAUGUUUAAAUCGUUGGUGUGGUCGCUGAUUUUUUUGUUUACUUGUAUAUUUACACAAUUACUUAAGCAAUAAAGUAUUAUAAUCAUGUAUUACAUAUUAAUUAAAUAUUUCUUUAUUAUCUGUAUGAUUUGCUGCGCAAGCUGUAACGUUAUUUAUUUUCAUAACAUUUUAUAUUUAUUUUUACAAUAUAUUUGUUUAACAAAAA